CUUACAACAAGUGCUCGUCAAAGCGGGUCAGCCUGACCUGGUACAACAGUUGCACCAACUUAUACAGCAAAUUUGCAAGUUUCUCAGCUGCAAAAUGCUCUAAAAAUGAGCGGAUUUGUUUAUCAGUAGAUGGUACGAAAGAAAUUCGACAGGACGGUAGUCAAGAAGUGCCCAGUAUGCCAGCAACAGGUGCCGGUGGCAUGCAAGGGCUGUACUUGUGGGCACCAGUUCCCGACACGAGGUCGGGCAUCUUCCCAGUCUCAGAAGUCGCCAGACGGGAAGACACCUCCUACAUAUGGGGAGGGGAACAAUGGCGAUGGAGAGCAAGAGCCUAUGCGGAGACGAACGGUUCGGACAAAGCGAGUCCGUCCCGACUUCUUCAAUCCCCUGGAACUAGAGUAUAGCAACAAGAAGGUCAAGAAACCGGAGGUCAGUAAGCCGGAGGUCAGUAAGCAGGAGGUCAGUAUACCAGAGCCUGCCCCUGAAAGUCCUAAAAAGAAAAGGGGAAGGCCUAAAGGGUCCCUGAACAGGUCAAAAUCUGAGGAGAAGCCGAAAGAACAAAGAACCACCCAGGAAGAAGAUCUGUUUUCCAGCCUGCCCCCAGAGAAGGCUCUGCAGUACUCAGUGAUCCUGGCGGAACUCAACCGGAAGAUGCUCACACAGAACUUCAAGCCCCCUUAGUGACCACUGGUCAUCUAGAUCUCAGUGAUGCAUUUUCAUACAUUCUCAUUGUGAGGAACCACGUACAGCAGCAUGAUAGUUUCAGUACUUACAUGUAUGUGGGACAAGUGUGUUAUUAUGGGGUGUUCGGGGGAGUGUCAUCCAAACAUAUGACAACCACUUAGGGAGGGUCAUAAUAAAAUAAUCCACUUACAGUCCUGUUAAUCCGACAUGGUUGGUUGCAUAUGAUUAUGUCGGAUAAACAAGUAUGUCAGAUAAACGAAAUUAAGUAGUAUAAACGUUUGUGAUCGAAAAUCGGACAACUACAUGAUAGAU